CCGCACUUUUCGCUUGCGAACACGCGAGCGAACGCACCACGUGCUCCUCCACAUGUGUACGGCAUGGCGAACUGGACGCAGGAAGACGGAGCUCCGAAACCCGUCACAAACCCCGCGGAUGUGUCGACGAUAGCGCAGAUAUCCAGGGGAAAUGUCGCCGGCGGAGUCUCCGCGCCGGUUCCGUGUCUCAUCCCGUCGUUCGCGGACGCGGUGAAGCUGCUGAGCGCGCGGUACUCGUGUCUCGUGCUGGACUCGCACCGCAGACACAUCGCGCUGCCGCCGCAGUACCUGCGGAAGAAACGCACCGGUAUACAGGAGGAACUCAACGCCGAGCUGCUCAAAUUCUCCAGCAGUCUGAAAGGUGUUCCUAUGGCAUAUGACAACAUUAAAGUCGUAGGACAGCAUGGAGAUAUUCAUGACGAUCGAGGGUUCAUUCACUUCAACAUCGAGGCGUCGUUCGUAGUCUUCAAACCAAAGAAAGGAUCGAAGCUCGUGGUACGUCUUACGAGAUCUUCAUGAACUAGAGGUCAUGUUCUA